AUCCACUUUGUAGUGUUUCAAUUUAUUUAUUUAAAAAAAAAAUUAAAAUUUAUAAUCCUCCUUCCUCAUUAAAUCUCUUUUCCCCGGUCUCCCGCAAUUGCCGCAGCAGUCAGACUGAGAAACACAAAGCAACACUUUCUGCGUUUUGCUAAUUGAAUCGCUUUGCUUUGCUCAGCUUCGCUUUGUGUUUCUUGCUUUGUUUCUUUGUUUCUUCGCACAAGUAUAAAAGACGCGUGGCAUAGACUGCGUGUGGCAGUUUGAAUUGGGCCGAGGAUCCGACCGGGAUCCAUGGGGUGUGUGAGCUCGAAGCAGGCGGUGUCCGUGACGCCGGCGAUUGACCACUCGGGCGCGUUUCGGAGCAAUGCUGCGGUCCUGGGCGAGUCGGAGAGGAAGGAGAAGAAGAGGAGCAAGAAGAGGACCGAGUCGGGGGGAGCGAGUCAGAGCGAGGUCGGUGAGUCGGGGAGAACGAGUUCCAAUUGCGACUCGUUGAGCUUCAGGUUGGGGAACCUUCACAAGUAUGUUCAGGGAGAACACGUGGCCGCCGGCUGGCCAGCGUGGCUCAGCGCCGUCGCCGGCGAAGCCAUUCACGGCUGGGUCCCCCUCUGCGCCGAUGCCUUCGAAAAACUCGAGAAGAUAGGGCAGGGAACGUAUAGCAGUGUGUUUCGGGCGAGGGAGCUUGAGACGGGGAAGAUAGUGGCAUUGAAGAAGGUGCGGUUCGACAAUUUCGAACCAGAGAGUGUGCGGUUCAUGGCGCGUGAGAUAUUGAUUCUGCGACGCCUUGAUCAUCCCAAUAUAAUAAAGCUUGAGGGCUUGAUUACUUCGAGGCUGUCGUGUAGCAUUUACCUCGUCUUUGAGUACAUGGAGCAUGACAUCACAGGGCUCUUGUCUUCCCCUGAUAUCAAAUUCACUGAACCACAGAUUAAGUGCUACAUGAAGCAGUUGUUGGCUGGUCUUGAGCACUGUCACUUGCGGGGAGUCAUGCAUAGGGAUAUUAAGGGGUCGAAUCUUUUGGUAAAUAAUGAAGGGGUUUUGAAGGUAGCGGAUUUUGGCUUGGCGAAUUAUGUCAAUUCUGGGCACAGGCAACCUCUGACUAGUCGUGUUGUUACCUUGUGGUACCGGCCGCCAGAGCUUUUGCUUGGUUCGACGGACUAUGGUCCGGCUGUGGAUCUCUGGAGUGUUGGCUGUGUUUAUGCGGAGCUGCUUGUUGGGAAGCCUAUACUUCAGGGGAGAACGGAGGUUGAACAAUUGCACAAAAUUUUUAAGCUCUGUGGCUCACCACCUGAUGAAUACUGGAAAAAGACUAAACUUCCUCAUGCAACGUUAUUUAAGCCACAACAACCAUAUGAUAGUUGCCUUCGACAAUCCUUUAAAGAUUUGCCAGCUACCAGUAUACAUCUACUACAAACUCUUCUUUCUGUAGAACCAUACAAACGUGGGACUGCUACAUCUGCUCUUUCAUCGGAAUAUUUCAAAACAAAACCUUAUGCGUGUGACCCAUCAAGCUUGCCGAUAUACCCACCUAGCAAGGAAAUCGAUGCAAAACACAGGGAAGAGUCAAGGAAAAAGAUUAGUGGACGAGUUCGUGGAACUGAAACAAGAAAACCAUCCAGAAAGCCAGUGGGAUUCAGUAAACUAGCCCCAGCAGAGGAAUUAGCAAGUCAAACUCAGACUUCCCAGAAGGUCAAUGGUAGAUCUUUCCGCAACCAUGAAGAAGAGAAGAUUAUAAUAGGUGGCAAAGCACAGAAGUCAUCCAGUGGUAAAGCUGAAGAUGCUUCCCAUACGAAGAAUGCUUCUCAAGGAGAUAUUCCCCUUUCUGGACCGUUACAAGUUUCAACAUCAAGUGGAUUUGCAUGGGCAAAAACCCGAAAAGAUGACGCUUCAUUUCGAUCCCAUUGUCGAACUAUUUCAAGAGGACAUAUUUUCAAUCCAUCAGAACCAUCUACAUUAAAUUCAAGGAAUAAUUUGGACUCCACAAACCAGGAAAAUAAAGAGUUUUGUGGGGGAUGCGUCAAUUCUAGGGGCCAUCAGCUGCUUGAAAUUUCUAAGCUUUCAGUGCAGAAUCAGUGGAGUAAGUUUGAUCGCCCAGAUUCAUUUGAUGCUUCGGAUGAGUACCAUUCACAAGAGCUGUCUAUGGCCAUAUAUCACCGAGAAGAUUCAGCAUCCAAGAGAAAUAACCUGAGUUUUCAAGAUCAAGGAGAAAGGGUUGAAUUUUCUGGGCCCCUGCUAUCUCAAAUGCACACUGUCGAUGAGCUCUUGGAAAGGCAUGAGCGUCACAUACGGCGAACUGUCCGGAGAUCAUGGUUUCAGAGAGGUAAGAAGGCGAGAAAGUAAAUCAUGAAAUUGCAUGUUGAGAUAAUAUCAAAAUGAUCCAAGUCCUACUGAGAAGCCUAUUCUCAUUCCUCAAGCACACUCCUUUGAUCAAUCAGACUUGUACAAUGACACUGUCUAACGGCUUGAUCCGGUAUACUGAAGUUAAGCUGGGAACUCACUCAACAAUUUCAAUCUACAGAAAUCUGGUGACCAAUGCAAAGAAAAAGGUUUGAGUUCCCCAUUUCGGGUAAUUAUAGAUAAUAAUUCGUUUUUGUAUGAUCUAAACUCCCUCCCUCUACAAGCCUUUGCUAAUUGUUAUCUACAUGCAAGUCUCGUCCGGCAAUUGUAUAUAUUUCAUAUGCCGUGACUGACUUCAGAAUAUAGUGUAGUCAUCAUUAUUUGAUCAUUUUUUAUGGUUUUAA